UGUUUAUGUGGUUCUGUUUUUUUCAAUCUUUAUUGGGGUUUUGGAGCUUGGGUUGUAGUUUUCUAAUGGCGGUUUCGAAUCUUGAUCGACUUUCUGGAUUAAAAUUGGGAUCUUUUAUACAUCCUUGAAUCAGAUGAACAAGUCUUUACACUGAUUCAUCAAAAUCCCGUUUGAGUUAAAAUGGGAGCUUCGAAUUCACGAUUGGAAGAAGACAAAGGGCUGCUUCUGUGUCGCGCAAGGAAGAAAUUCAUCAAACAAGCACUUAAUGGCAGAUGCUCUCUCGCAGCAGCUCAUAUCGCAUACAUAGAGGAACUCAAAAUUAUCGGAUCCGCUUUAAGGAGAUCGGUCGAAACCGAUUCCCAUGUCGAGUCUUUCGUGUAUCCUCCGAGAAGUCAAACCCCCGCCGAGCCUCAUACUUUGACCGAGAAGUCGACCCUAUCUUCCUCGUCUCGUUCUCUAUCGCACAAUGUGGACGCAACUUCAAACAUAUCACCAUCUCCUUCGACACCUGUAUCGGCAACUCAGUACCAAUCCCAUUACAUGAAAUUUAAGGGUUCGUUUUCGAGGAAAGUCGAAGAGAAACCCUCUGUGCCUAUCGCUGUAUCUGUUUCUUCGGUAACCCCGCCGAGUACUACCCCUCGUUUCUCCACCGAAGCGCCGGACGAAUCGCCUUCCGAAACACCGGGGCCCGCAGAAGCUGCUCCGCCACCGUGGGAUUAUUUCGGUCUUUUUCAUCCUAUUGAUAAUCAAGAAGUGAGGGGAUUCGAUCUGGGCUCGGAGAAAUCCGAUCAUACCGCGGGGAAUGAACGAGUCACCGAGAUCGAAGAUGUAGUAGAGGAUAAAUUCUCCUCGGACGAAUCGGAGGAUGAAUUCGACGACGAGCCCUCUCCAGCUACACUCGUUCGGAGCUUCAAAAAUGUCGUCAAUGGUGAUUCGUCCGAAAUCAAGCCUUUGAGUUUUGAAAAUGCGAGCAACAAAUCGCCCGCCAGGCCAUCUGAAAAUGGAGUAUUUGAAAAGAAGUUUGAGAACGAGAAGAAGAAUAAGUCGCCUGAAUUGUCUCCACUAAGGGCCACUUCUUCGAGGUUUAUGCAUUUGAAUGAUGUGAAGAUAACUCCGAUGGAAGAAACUCAAGUCGAAGAUACGGUUGCGCCUAAGGACUUCUUUUCGAGCAUGAGAGAGAUCGAGCAGCUCUUUGUUAAAGCUUCUGAUUCGGGAAAAGAAGUUCCGCGUAUGCUCGAAGCUAAUAAAUUCCAUUUCCGCCCUGUUUUUCCUGGAAGAGAACGUGGAUCAUCGUUGCUAAGAUCUUGUUUCUCGUGUGGAGACGAUCCAAGUGAGGUUCCGCAAGAGCCGGCUCAAAAUUCCGUGAAGUACUUAACUUGGCAUCGAACGGCAUCUUUUCGUUCAGCUUCGUCUCGGAACCUUCUAGGUGCAAACUCCAACAUUGACGGUGUUGAUGAUCUUAGAAACAAUCUUUUUGACAACUCGUGUAUGGUUUCGGGAAGUCAUGCCUCAACCCUAGAUAGGCUUUAUGCAUGGGAAAAGAAGCUUUACGACGAAGUUAAGGCUGGUCAGGUACUGAGAAAUAAUUUUGAUCAGAAGUGCAAACUUCUUCGACAGCAAGAAUCGAGGGGAGAGAAUGCUGACAAGACCCGUGCUGGAGUCAAAGACCUACAUUCAAGAAUCGGAGUUGCUAUUCACAGAAUCGACUCCAUCUCCAAGAAAAUCGAAGAAAUUAGAGACAAGGAGCUCCAGCCGCAACUCGAGGAGUUAAUCGAAGGAUUAAGGAAGAUGUGGGAAAUGAUGCUGCAAUGCCACCAGCUUCAAUUCCACGUAGUAUCGAUCUCCCUCACACCGACAGCCGCCGCCGCGAAAACCACCAUCCACUCCGACGCGAGACGACAAAUCAUGAUCCACCUCGGAAACGAGCUCAACUCCCUACUCUCCACCUUCACAAAAUGGAUCGCCUCACAAAAGCUCUACGUCGAAUCGAUCGAAAAAUGGCUCUUCAAAUGCGUCUCCAUCCCGCAAAAACCCUCCAAGAGAAACAAAAGAAUAAAACCACCACCAAUCAGAAACCUCGGCCCGCCUAUAUACAUGAUAUGCGGGGCCUGGUUGGAAAUGAUCGACAAACUGCCGGCUAAGGGGGUUGCAGAUUCCAUCAAGGACUUGGCUGCUGAGGUGGCUCACUUCCUGCCACGUCAGGAUAAGAGUAGUAGUCACGGGAGAUCUGGAACGGGCGGUGGAGAUCUCGGCGUGAGUGAUGAGGUGGCGGAGGAGUGGGUCCCGUUUCUUGAUCGUUUUCGGACGAGCUUGGCGGGUUUUCUUGGACAGCUGAACAACUUUGCCGAGUCGUCCGUGACGAUGUUUGGUGAGCUUCAGAAGGCGAUCGAGCAAGCGAAGAACAACUACGAACAGUAUAAAUCGCAGCAAUCGUAGAUGUUUUUUUUUUCGCGAAAAAAUAAAAUAAAAUAAAAAAAGGGAGAAUUAUUUAUAGGUAUAGAAGGACAGAUAUUUUUGUACAUGGUGCAUGGAAUAAACUGGGUUAAAUUGAGGUCAUCUCUCUAAAUUAUUUGAUUGGUUGGAUAUUAUUUUUCAAAUAAAGAAUACAUGAUAGUUUACUUUUUUCAAGAUUUUA